UAAUACGUGCACUUAGAGAGAGUGUGUGCACUUAGAAGGGCAUAUCCUUGGAGUGGCACGUUGAAUAAAAGUUGUACCCAAAGUUUCCAGGCCUUGAUUUAUUAUAAAUAAUGUCUUUUUCCAAAGAAAUAAAGUAUCCAGGUAUUAUAUCAGAUAUACCGAUAUUUUAAAAAUCCAGUACCCACCCUUGUAUGUCUACUAUAAUGUACCGAUACCAGGGUAAAAUGACCCAUGAUGUACGAGUAGUUAUACAUCACGUGCAUUUAAAUAUAUUAUCAUUUAUCAGUGAUGAGCAUGAUGAAAAGAACUUAACAUAAUGCUCAACUCACAACAUGAUGCUCAAAGUCGUCGCGAACCACAAAGGCUUGAUUUAUCCAUUGUGCCAGGAAAAAGCUUGGGAUGGUUUCGUUUAGGUACGUCAAUCUGGGAUAUUAUCAACUUUCUGAGAGAACAAUUACGUAUUAUUCCCUCUGUAGAUUUAAAGUAUGAUGAUGAGGCACCAAUAUCCACAGACGUAUUUCUAUCUUUACCAGCUAACGGAAUCCAUAUGCGAUUUGAUGGGGCAUCGCAACGACUUAAAUCAAUUCAAGUUUCUGAAUUCUCAAAACUUAGAUUAACUUAUCAAGAUAGCGAAGUUAGCUCAAGCAAGGUUGCACCAACUUUUCUUUCGAUAUAUAAAAUUUUUGGACCCACCUAUCCAGGAGAACUCGAUGAAGAAAAGAAGGAAUACACAUUGAAUUAUCCGGGUAUUUCGUUUGUUUUCCCUAUACCCGAAAAGCAUAUAUCCUCUUAUGUUUCUUCAUCUGACCUCCCUAUGGAGCUUCCUGAUGGAACUUCUCCCUUGUUGACUCGCUUAUAUACUUUUCAUGGACCCAAUUUUCGAAAUGCAGUUGCUCCGCCAUUACAUAAGAGUAUAAAUACAGAAGGUAUUGGAGCUGACGGGGGAGAAUUUGGUGAAAUUGAAAGUGUUGUAGCAGAAUUAAAACGUGGAAUUAUUGUCAAUUUUUUGCCAAGAAAUAAUUCAAAUAAUGUUUCCACAGAAAUCAUUCUCAAUGUCACUACUCCGCAAGAUCUUUUAGUUGAUAUAGGAUCACCACUCAGGAUUUUUUAUAAAGAAGAAGAUAAGAUGCGAAUACAUUCAGAAGAUAGUAAUGCAAAUGAAGUGAUUGAAAGUGAUGAUGGUAGAGAUUUAAAUUCCUCAUCAAUUGGUGUUGAAGAUCCUUCUCGAGGAGAUACCGUUGAUUAUUUUUAUAAUUAUUUUCAUCUUGGUUUUGAUGUGCUCUUUGAUGGUGUUACACAUCGAUGUAAAAAAAUUGUGUUGCAUGGGAAUGUACCUGGUCAUUUUGACUUCCAAAGGUAUAAGCGGUGUCCUUAUAAGAUAGUGUUGCCUAAAUCUCCAUCUACUUUACAGACAUCUAACGAAGCUGCUAGAUUAGAAGUACUUGGAGAUGAUGACGACGACAAUCAAUCGACAUCACAAGCUGGAGGCGAUUUUAUCACUUCAGAAAUGAAAAUGGAUCAAAUCCGAGAACUAUUAGGCCAACCUUCCGGCCAACCUUUAAUUUUUAACCGUGGAGCAGGUGGUCAAAAUCCUUUUGGGCCCACAAAGCUAAGUGGAUAUGAUGGAGUUGUCUUCGAGGAAAUGAAAAAUGGAUAUGUUGCUACAAUUACAUUAUUUUGAAUUUUAAUCUUUUAAUUAUACUGUAAAUGUUUAUUAUUUAAAAUAUAUGUAAAAUUAAAUUAAUUAACAAUUAUCAGCUAAUUAAUAAAUUAUUGCCUUAUAAACAUAA